AUGUCGUCUGCGACUGGAGAGUUCGGCAAUGGCGAUGCAGCCCCGACCCACGAGGAGGUCAUGACAGCCAUCGACCAGGCCACCGCAAAAAUGGAGAGCAUGAUGACGGAAAAGUUAGGGACCGUCAUGGAAGCCCUGUCUCGGUUAGUGCCCGAGACAGCGUCUGCCGCAAGUAUGGCCGCAGCGGGCGGCAGGGGAGAGUCACGGGGGGGAACGCACGCCCCUCCCGGCGCUGGUCGUGUGGACCAAGCGCCGAUCACCGGACAGGGGCUCGAGGGAGAACGAGGACUGCCGGACACAGCCCCGCAAGGACCCACGCUGCCGUCUGCGGGGGACGUCUCGCGCGAAAGCGAAACCAGUGACCCGCCGGCAAGGUACGACCCGACCAUGAAGGCCCGGAUCCCGCGCCUCAAGCAGCUAAACUUCGAUGGCCUAGAAAAGAACUGGGUAAUGUUCAAGAACGACUUCAUGACGCAGGUGCAAACGUGCGGAAUGAUGCAUGCUCUGAACGAUAGCCAAGACAUUGAGAUCCAAGGGAUGGAUGACGAUGGCAUGAUAGAACAGGGGGUAGCUGCAGAAGAGGUUCAUGUGUACCGGGAAUUGUGGGGCAUGUUGGUAGGAGCGAUUUCAGACGAGACUACCAAGCUGAUGGUUUACAAUAGUAAGGGGCCCUCGGCAGCGUGGCGUGCACUUGAGCAGACGUUCACCCCACUAGCUGGUGGCAAGCAGAUUUCGCUUAUCGGAAAGUUCUUUACUGCCAGACAAGAGAGAAACCAGGAUCCUCGAGUUUUCUUCCAACAGUUCAAGUCUACCGUAACUAGCCUAGAGUUUGCACUCGGCCAGCCCAUCCCCAAGAUGCUCGUGUACGCCCGAUUCCUGGACGCUCUUUCCUCCGAGUACGACACCAAAAGCAACAACUGCUCAGCGAGAAGAUUCUGA